AUGACUUCACUAAACAUUAAAAAUAUAAAAAAUGACCAGAUGGUCAUUUAUCCUUUAGGAGCAGGCUAGGAGGUCGGAAGAUCAUGCAUAAUAUUAGAAUAUAAAGGCAAAACUAUAAUGUUUGAUUGUGGUUUGCACAUGGGUAAAAAUGGUCACGCGUCUCUUCCUUACUUCGAUAAUAUUAAACCUGAUUAGAUUGAUAUUAUUUUCAUUACACAUUUCCAUCUUGACCACUGUGCAGCUCUUCCUUACUUCAUAGCUAAGACAGAUUUUGACGGAAAGAAACAAAAAGUUUAUGCUACUUCACCAACUCGUGCAAUCUAUCGUCACGUCUUAAGAGAUUCACUUACUGAUAAAAGUGAAAACAUUAAAUUGUAUACAGCAGAUGAUAUAGAAAAAUCUAUGGAGGUGAUUAACGUUAUUGAUUUUUAUGAAGAAAUGGAGCACGAAAAUAUCAAAUUCAAGUGCUAUCCUGCUGGUCAUGUUCUAGGUGCAGCUAUGUUCUUAGUUGAAAUUGAUGGUGUAAGAGUUCUUUACACAGGUGAUUAUAGCACUGAAAAAGAUAUACUCAUUCCUCCUGCUUAGAUUCCUAAUGAAAAAGUAGAUGUCCUCAUUGUCGAAGGUACUUAUGGUAAAUGCAACCAUGAAUCUAGAAGUGAAAGAGAGCAAUAACUGACUUAAGAAGUAAUGAGAAUAGUAAAAAAUAAGGGGUAAUGCUUGUUGCCUGUGUUUGCUUUAGGAAGAGCUCAAGAAAUAGUUUUGAUACUUGAAGAGUUUUGGAAAUAAAACUCAAGUGAAUUGGCUGAUAUAAAAAUUCAUUUCACUCAAAACUUGUCAAAGAAGGCCAAUCAAAUCUUCUAAUAUUACAAAUCUAUGAUGGCUGAUCCUAUCAGAAAGAAUUAGCUAAAUCCUUUUAAUCUGCAUUAUGCUCCUAACAAUAUUACAAAGCAUGAUGAAAUUGAUGAAAAUAAACCUUGUGUUAUACUUUCUUCUCCUUUUAAUCUCUAAAGUGGUAUUUCCAGAACAAUCAUAGAAAGAAUAUGCAGCAAACCCUAAAACGGUGUAAUUUUGACAGGCUUUUGUCCAGAAAAUACUCUAUCAAAAGAAAUACAAAAUGAAAAACAAGACAAGACUAUUAACUCUAUUAUUGAUGGUAGAAAAAUACCAUUUAAUAUGUCAGUUAAGAAUAUCAGUUUUUCUGCACAUGCUGAUCUUAAUUAAACAACUAAUUUUAUUAGAGCUAUUGAACCAUAGCACGUUAUUUUAGUUCAUGGCAGUUCCAUUAAAAUUAAGGAAUUAUAAAAAGAACUCAUGAAGACAUUCGUAGGAUUGUAGGUUCAUGCUCCUAAUAAUUAACAAAAGAUUUGCUUUAAUUUGAAUGCUACUGAAUCUUGCAAGAUCGUUGGAGAGCUUGAAAAAUAAAUUAGCUAAUACAUUUUGCAAUAUGUUUAAGAAAUAGAGAGUCUUAAACAGUAGUAAGCAAUAGCUAACGAAGAUAAAGAAAUAAUGGAAGAAGGGUCACCAAAAGAAGAGAAUGCACAUGACCAUGAAAUGGAAAUUGAAGAAAAAGAUGAAGUCCAUCAGCAUAGCUCCAAAAUAGAUGAAGAAAUAGAUAAUGGAGAAGAAUAAAAUGCAAAAAAUAUCGAAAGUACAACAGAAGAGAAUUUACUGAUCAAGAAGCAGUAGUCUUUUAAGAAUUACCCUUCAAAAUCAUUUUAAAUUGAGGGUGUCAUGAUUGCUGAUGAGAAUGAUGUGUUGAUGAUGAAUUCUUAAGACGUAGCUAAAUACAAAGCCAUAAAAUAAGUUAAGGUGUUUACUAGCAUGAAAUUUCACUAUGCUGGCUCAUUAAAGUUGGUAUAGUUAUUUAGUAAUUAAAUUUUCUAUAAGGGUGAAAUUCUUUAAGAUCAAAAUGGUGUUGAGUAUUUAAAAAUAUUUGAUGACAUUUUAAUUUAUGUUGACUAAGCAAAUUAACAAGCCAUGAUUAAAUGGAUUUCAACAGAAAGAAACGAUAUAAUAGCUGAUAUAUUUGGGGAUUAUUUAUCAUAAAUCAAAGAUUCAAGAGAAGAUAUUUUCAGUGAACAAUUUACUGAUGGAAACAAUAUUUUGAAGGAAGUUUUAAGAGAGUACCCUGAUUCCUUAGUUCGACUAGAAGAAGGGUUGAUAAUUAUAAAUAAAGAUAAUGUAUAAAUUGGCACAAUAGAUUUAGAAGAAAAAGAAAUAAAAACUGGUUAGAAGAACAAGGAUAUAGAAGAAAAAUAUUAAUCUUUACUUAACUUACUUAAAAAAAAUUGA